UUUAAAACACUACAAUGCUUGAGUAAAUGAGGAAGCGAUGAUUAAUGUAUAUUUUGAGUUCUUGUUUUUCAUAAUAUUAAAAGUUAAUUUUUUCAGAUAGUGUAAAUACGGAUACAUCAUUGUGGAUAAGUAAUCAUGGCUAACACCGAAAUCAUUGAGAAAAUAACAACGGCGAUCAUGUCACAUAAAAUGACGAACGUAGACGAUGUCCUCAAUGAACAUGCAGAUUUCGACUUGGGAAUAUAUGGGAAUGGUCAUCACUUACUACACAUUGCGGUCGGUUACAAGGAAAUUUGUCUCAAGCUCUUAGAACUAGGCCUAAACGUAAACGAGAAGGAGAACGGGUACAGCUCACUUCAUCUAGCGGCUAAGGACGAUUUGCUGGAGACCACGAUGUUGUUGCUCAUCUACGGGGCAGAUAUUAACUUAAAAUCUGAUGACUCGAAAAUGACAGCUCUUGAGCUUGCUCACGAAAACUCAUCACAUUCGGUUCAGACGUUUUUGCUCUUCGCUGGCGCAGAGUUAAUCAAGGGUCUGUUAGAAGAAGACGAUGAAGAGAAACAUCGCGUUAUCUUAAAGGGAAUAGAAGAUAAGAAAGUUUCUGUUGGAGCCGAGGUAUUCAAACCACAAGCGGGAAGUUCAUAUCAAUCAGUGCGUUCAAUCAAAGGACAGACCAGUAUUCAAAUAUGCGAUGUGGAAAAACAGUUUCUUUUGGUCAUCAGAGAGAUGGAAACCGAUUAUGAAAACUCCAGCAUCUCAAUAGAAUUGAUUGAUGAGCCAGAUGGGGCACACAUCGUGAGUAGGGUUUACCAAUACAAGGUGGACCGAACAGUGACAUGCACCAUAAAAGUUCCACUUGUUGGUUCGCCCAAUAGUGGGAAUGAUAAAUACUACGAGUAUUUCGUUCAAAGUACUACGGGCAUGGACAACGUGCAAAAAGGAAAUGUCAAUAUUGUAGGAAGCGAGGCGGUGAUAACGGGUAUGACGUUGCAUGCACAUGGUCGGACGUCCAUAGUCGCGUUUGCUGUCUUAGCAAGGACAAAAGAAGAAACGUUCACAAUCAAUGCAGGUUCCGGAAGAAUUCAGUCUGUAGUUGAGCAACUGUUUUCAGUGGAUGUAUCAGAAAGUCGAGCUGAUGGCACCACUCUUGCGCUUAAGGUUGAAAAAGCCGUUCUACCCAAACAAUCCAAACCAAAGGACGCAGACGUUAGCGGAAGCGAUGAGUACAUCAUUGACAGCGAUGGUGUCACUGACUGCAGUGACUUUUGCUCCUUCACAACUUCACGGGGAUCCUUAAACGAAGGCAGUGACUCGUGCGAUGACUGGAUCGGUUCCGUCAGUGUUCAGCUUCCGGCUCCAACUAGACCCGAUGGUUCAGAAACCGCUGUAGUACGCUGCAAACGCGGAGAUAAUCCCAACUCUGCCGCUAGCUGGACCCGUGUUGAUACAGAAAGUCGCCCGGGUAACACAAAUGCAGUGAACGUGAAGAAUGGCCUUGAGGGAUGGUACAUUGUUGUAAUAAUAAAGAAGUUCACCGGCUUAGUGCGGCAGACUGUUCGUGACAUGUAUUACUUCUGCGUUGGGGACAAGAAACGGUUUGUGAUGUACACAAUGAUAAGACCCAACACUCCGAUUGACGUUCUUGUGGUUGUUUGCUUGGAAAAAGAACAGGACACUAGCAUACGUAAAAUUCUAAAACAACACAGUGACUAUCGGCAAUCCGAUUAUGGAUUUACUAGCCCUUGUGAUUUGAAUACUAAGAAACCGUACAUUCUGGUUUUGAAAUCAUACCAGGGUUGCAAAGUUGUCGGUCCUACAAAAGCACCAUUUAAAUACCAGAAGGACGUUGAAAAGUUCCAGAUAUUUAGGGUGGAAGUUAAAUCCAACGUCACUCCGGCAGCUAACGUUUUUUGUGUAAAUGAGGACAAAAUCGAACAUGAUUUAGAGACGAUCUCAAAAUUUCAGCAGCCUAUUGACUUUUCAGCAGACUCACCACGUCCGAUUCCUCCAGAUUGUUUUCUGAGCGACAACUUCCUCACAAAACAAGAAGUUACUGACCAAAUAGAGGAUAAAUGGUUUGAAGUAGGACUGUAUUUUCGAAUCCCAAUUUGUACUUUGAUCGGAUUCCGUCAAGUAAAAGGACGAAAUAGAAGAGUAUUACAAAAAUGGCGCAACGACACCAUCGACGACAUUGGCCAAUGUCUGGAUAGAGCUAUGACCGCUUGCAAGGUGAUAUGCCUGCCAGAUCUAAGACAAAGCUUGCUUGAAGAAGUGAUUAGUUGGAUCGACAAAGAUGAAAAAGUCAAAGCAUGGGCUAAAAAAUACAAAAUUGUGAGGAUAAAUCGCUCUCAGAUUUCUCAUGAUUUUAAACAACUAGAUAAUCUGCCAGUUUGCCCUUUUUCCGACGCAUUCCUAUACAGCUUGCACACUUGCCUACCAAUUGACGAUUCCAUAUUUUUGCAACUGGGUCUCAAUCAACAUGAAUUGGACGAAACCACUGGCCACUGGUCUGAGCCUGCAAGGCGAUGCUAUUUGCUGCAUAAAGUUCGGAACAAAUACGAUGGGAAAUCAAAAUCAUCAGAUUUCCUUAAGAUAAUUGCGAAUGAAUUGAAGAACCGGAAUGACAAUAUGUUCAAAAUGGAAUUAGAGAAAUGUAUACAUACAUGGUCAAAGACUGGGUGCCCUCGAACUUGUUCGUCUUGCUCUGACGAUGCAGUAGCAGAAUUGAAAAAAAUAUUUAAAUGUUAACACCCGUCACCAGCCUAUGCAUCGUGCUAAUUCAACGCGACAUAAAACCGAUGGGCACUGUCAGGAACUUAUGAUCACAAACCCGUGUGCUGUCAUUUGAACGUAUACAUACUUGGCGUAUGGCCCGUUCUUUGUCUGUAUAGCGCUCAAGCGGGGUUGAAAGUCACCAUCAUGGGGGCAUGCUUUAACGACAUGUUACGGCAUUUGUUGUUGUGUUGCCGCUCUUCAAACCCGCCACCACACCAGAACAUUUCGCAAAUCGGCAAACAUACUUAACAAAGGCAAAGCAAAUAAAUCAACUUCAGCAUCCAGCCAUGCAUAGUCUGAUGCGAUUCACGUGUUUUCGAAAUGCAACUGACCACUACAUUUGUUUCAUGGAAUUGUGCAAUUCACGUUGCAUAAAAUUACAUAUCUGUUUAUAAAUAUUUUGUCAAACAUUUUGGUUGAUUACUGCCAUUGACUGUAUUGUAUCGAAGAAAAUGUUCACAUGUUCAACCCACAAUUAUUUGCAUGAGAACUUCCAAGUCGGUAACCUCUGUUUUGUAUUCGUGUUCGUGUUUUUCUCUUGUUUUUGCGAUGUCUGUAUGUUAUGUUGUGUGUUGUAAGACUGGUCACUUACUUAAAAUAAAGGUCCUCGCGA